AUGCCCCUUCUGCCCACCCCAUGCCCCCCGCCCCAUGCCCCCCGCCCCAUGCAGGGGGGCCCCAUGCCCCAUACAGACAGUGUCAUCCUACAAGAAACCUGUCAACUACAACAUCUUUCUCUCUCAAUUAAAUUUAAGGGCAUUAUUGGCAAGGAAACAUAUUUUAACAUCUCUCCUCUCUCUCUCUCUAGGACAUACAGUUUGAAGAAGGGCCAGUUGGAGAGGGACUAUGCCCAGGCUCUGCAGAAGCUGGCCAGUCAGUACCUGAAGAGGGAUUGGCCAGGCAUCAAACCUGACGACCAACGCACAGACUACAGGAAUGUGUAUGCUGUGUGGCGGUCCUAUCUGGAGGGGACAGUACAGGUGACUCAGUCUCGCGUCAACGUGUGUGACAACUACAAGAAUGAGAUCUCAGACCCUGCUAAAACUGUGCGGCUAUACAAGGAACAGCAGCUCAAAAAGAGUAUAGAACAGUUGAAUCGUAUCCAGGUGGAGCUUCAGGACUCUGUGAAGGACCUGGCCAAAGCCAAGAAGAAAUACUACGACUCAGAACAGGUGGCUCAGGCCGUUCGAGAGAAGGCUGACAUCGAGGCCAAGUAGGUCGAAGCUGGUUUGUUUCAGUCCAGGAUUAGUUUACAGAAAGCCAAUGUUAAGUUGAAAGCCAAGAGGAGUGACUGUAACUCUAAAGCAACCCAUGCCAGGAAUGACUACCUGUUAACCCUGGCAGCAGCCAACGCUCAUCAUGACCGCUACUACCACACAGACCUGCUGCACUGUAUACAGGAGUUGGAUGGAGGGAUAUAUAACCAUGUGAAGGACUAUCUGAUCUCUAUCUGUCAGACAGAGCUGGAGGCCUUUCAGGCCAUACACAACACCUUCCAGUUCCUACUGGACAAAUCCAACAGGGUGGUGCAGGAGUUUAACCAGCAGCUUUUCAUGCAGGAGAACCCUGUGUUUCAUAAAGCGCAAGACUUCCAGUUCCAACCCAGUGACUGUGACACGACUCUGAGCUCGGUGCAGAAGUUGGUGGACAUUGAGCCUUCGCCCGUCAGUGCCAUGAGGAUGACGCUGGCACAGAGUCGUAAGUUGGAGACAGACACGGGGAGCCAGACAGAGGAGCACAGUCUGAACAAGGAGGCCAGGAAAUGGGCCACCAGAAUGGCCCGGGAACACAAGAACAUCGUCCACUACAAGAGAAGCCUGGAGGAGUGUGAGACACUGGGAGUCCCUCAAACGGAGCAGGGUCGGCUUGAUCUGGAGCUGAAGAUAGAGGAUACCAAAGAGAGCAUCCGCAAGGCUGAGACAGUAAAGCUGAAGGCAGAGGCUCGUCUGGACCUGCUGAGACAGGUGGGCGUUGCCGUGGAUACCUGGCUGAAGAGCGCCAUGAACCAGGUGAUGGAGGAGCUGGAAAAUGAGCGCUGGGCUACAGUAAACUACACUACCCACGAUCCCUCACUCUCGGGCCCGGUUGAUCUGGAGCGGUCGGAGGGAGAGGAGUGUGAGGAGAACAUGGAGGUGUUUGAUGACAGCAGCUCCAGCCCCUCUGGGACUCUCAGGAACUACCCACUCACCUGCAAAGUCCUCUACUCAUACAAGGCGUCUCAGCCAGAUGAGUUGAGUAUAGAGGAGCAUGAGAUGUUGGAGGUGAUAGAAGAUGGAGACAUGGAGGACUGGGUCAAGGCGAGGAACAAGAGGGGGCUGAUUGGCUACGUCCCAGAGAAGUAUCUUCAGUUCCCCACCUCUAACAGCCUACUGAGCAUGCUCCAGUCUCUCUCUGCCCUGGACGCACGAUCACACACCUCCUCCAACUCCACCGAGCCAGAGAUACACACAGGCAGCAUCAACGGAGACGCCAGCUUGAGUUUUGUGAGGGCGUUGUAUGAUUACGCAGGCCAGGCGGAUGAGGAGCUGUCCUUCCCAGAGGGGGCUGUCAUCCGUCUACUCAACAGAGACACCCAAACUGACGAUGGCUUCUGGGAGGGAGAGUUUAACGGACGAGUGGGAGUGUUCCCUUCUGUACUGGUGGAGGACCUGACGGAGAGCGGAGAGAAUGGAGCACACACACUUAUCUCUCCAUCUUCGAGGCUGCCCUCCUCCCUGCCACCCCUCCCUCUGUAUGAUCAGCCCCCGUGCAGCCCCUAUGCCACCCCAGACACCCCCACCCCUCCGCCCCUCCCUCGCUCACCCUCUGUCAACGGGGAACACAAGCCGCCUCCCACAACGUACAAGGGACCCACUCACAAUCAUAGUUCUGCUCUGAGUCCAGUUUCUCCAGAGUUCACUCCCGACGGAGGCCCUAGCAAACUACGACCUGUCCGUGCAGCCCCCCCGCCCCCCAAGCAGAAACCUCGCAAAAAAGCAGAGAAGACUGAGGAGGUGGAGAUCACACUGGUGUGACAUACAGACGGACAGGACAGCGCUGCCCUGCAGACCUGAGUGACUGAACUUUGAACUGGGCUUUACCUCUAACCUUUGAACCAUAGAACUCCCCCUUCUCUCCAAACACUGGGAAGAACUCCCCCUUCUCUCCCCCCUACCUCCCAACACUGGGAAGAACUCCCCCUUCUCUCCCCCCUACCUCCCAACACUGGGACGAACUCCCCCUUCUCUCCCCCCUACCUCCCAACACUGGGACGAUCUCCCCCUUUGUUACGCACGCCUCUAUGAAGAGGGAACGCAACACC